CAGCUGCUGUCAGACGCGUUGUUCGGAGUGGGAGUGCGUGUUGGAGUGAGGGCUAUGGACGAUUUAUCGACAGAUUCGCUUCUCAGACUGGAACAGUCUUCACUAAAACAAGCCACAUGGUGUAAUUUUGGCUCAUCCGCGGGCUUUAAAUAACCUGAAAAUGAAACGCAUGGACGACGGUCGAUGAUCUCUGUGUUUCCCGGUUGUUUGCAAAAGAAAUGUUUUAAGACUGGAUUGUCUCACUCGGAUAUGGCACAUCUUGGUUUCCAAUAAGAGAACUCCACAGCGUCAGACGCGUCUGCGGCGGCAGAGACCAGUGGAGGGACUCGGAAACUUGUUAGGUCUCUGUUUUGGAAUCGGAGCUGCCACGGCUGUCAUAGAGCGAGAUAAGGCCAUGUUGAACUCCCUCAUACUGAUGCUCAGCUGGACCGUGUUCUCGGAAGUGGCGAGAGCCCAGAAUGACACGGAGCCUAUUGUCCUGGAGGGGAAAUGCCUCGUGGUCUGCGACUCCAACCCGACCACGGACUGGAAGGCUUCGUCCUCCCCGCUCGGCAUCUCAGUGCGCGCCGCCAACUCCAAGGUGGCUUUCUCUGCAGUCCGGAGCAACAACCACGAACCGUCGGAGAUGAGCAACAAAACGAGAAUAAUCUACUUCGACCAGGUUCUUGUGAAUAUAGGAAACUACUUCACAUUUGAAUCAGUAUUUUUGUCCCCAAGAAAAGGCAUCUACAGUUUUAACUUCCAUGUCAUUAAAGUGUACCAGAGCCAAACCAUACAGGUGAACUUAAUGUUGAAUGGGAAACCAGUCAUCUCUGCUUUUGCGGGGGACAAAGAUGUAACACGUGAGGCGGCCACCAACGGAGUCCUGCUCUAUCUAGAAAAAGAGGACAAAGUCUACUUAAAGCUGGAAAAGGGAAACCUAGUUGGUGGAUGGCAAUACUCCACAUUUUCUGGCUUUCUUGUGUUUCCUCUGUAACAAAAAAAAAAAAGAAAA